CAGUUUAAUGCUGAUGUAUGUGACACCUCGAGUAGAAAGAGGGCUAUAAAUGUCAUUCGUUGUUUGAUCAGUUGCCCAAUGUGUCUCUAUAUCAUAACCAAAGGUUUCCUGCUCUGAACUUUUAGGACUUUUUUCCUUUUACAGAAGCCUCUACAUUUCUUAGAAGUGCUGUAAGAACAAUGCAACAGAUUCACCCCCGGCUUGUGAAAUUGGGUGUACUCAUACAGUACAUUUUUCAUUUGAGCCCACGCUCCGAGCGCAGCGAUAUCUCAUUACAGUGUUGUAAACUUGCUGCAUUAUUUAGCAAGGAUAAGACUUCGGCUGAAAUGGCGUUGGAUGCAGCCUGAGUAGAGCAGUACUGGACACGUGAAGUGUUUUCGUGCUGGAGCUGAAACAAGUGCACGGGAGGCUUGACUGCAACCAACUAGAUCAUUAAAGUACUCCCGACAUCUCUGCUCUUAUCCGAAGGUUCAGUGUAAGCGUAUGAGGUCUGCAGUGGAUGCUUCUUGCUACACUAGCUUGGUUCCUUCCAAAAAUGAAUAACAAAAUGCAGGUGCACUUUGCAUUCUCAGCCAUGUCAAAACUAUUUUUCUGGCCUGGUUGAAAGUGCCAAGCGUUUACUAAUCUGCUUUCCAACCUGUUCUUUUGAGAAGGUGAUAAUUCCUUGCAUGAAAUGUCUGUGUAAUGUUGAAUAUUGUGAAAUUUUCAUAAUGAAGUGCAUGAAAAUAUAAGCUCUUUGAGAUGAGCGAACUGCACUCUGCACAGAUGACACAAUCAAAGCAGUCUCGCAUCCUCACUAAAGGUUAUAAUUUGCAUUUCUUUUUAAGUGUUGCCAGUAUUUAAACCAUUCAGCACUCGCACGCUCUCCUAGAGUGAACCGAAAUCCUGACUGGAGCAUCACUAUCAAUAAUUCUACAUGAUAAAAAGAGGCUUUAGAAAGAUGAGCAUCAGUGAUCGUAUCGGCAGAGACUGCUUCCUGUGAUCGACGAUAGACGAAUCCUGAUCGGGGCACCCACCCUUAGUAAUAACGAAUGAGUUGCACUAAAAUGCAAGACAACAAGACGUUUCUGUCUAUGAUCAGCAAUGUGCUCAACACAGACGGUUUCUACUUCUGCACGGACUAUGACCUGAGCCACACACAGCAGCGCCUGUCCAACACCAGCCCGGACUUCCAGGAGAUGAGUCUGCUUGAGAGGGCAGACCAGAGAUUCAUGUGGAAUGGAAACCUUUUAAGAGAAAUAAUCGCACAACCAGAGCUCCACAAAUUUGCCUUUCCUGUCAUCCACGGAUUUAUUGUGAUGAAGCCGUGCUGCAUCAAUGGGAAGGUGUUUGAGUGGAUCCUCAUCUCUAGACGGAGCUGUUUCAGAGCUGGAGUCCGAUAUUAUGUCAGAGGCAUUGACUCUGAAGGACAUGCUGCUAACUUUGUUGAGACAGAACAGAUAGUCCAGUACAAUAAUUCCCAGGCCUCCUUUGUGCAGACUCGAGGCUCCAUGCCUUUUUUCUGGUCUCAAAGACCUAAUCUGAGGUACAAGCCCAAGCCUCAGAUAAGCACUGACACCAAUCACAUGGAUGGAUUCAGGAGGCAUUUUGAGUCGCAGGUUCUUAUUUAUGGCAAACAAGUGGUUCUAAAUUUGGUGAAUCAGAAAGGAUCUGAACUGCCCCUUGAACAGGCCUUCGCCAAAAUGGUCAACGGCAUGGAGAACGGACUCAUCAAGUACAUAGCCUUUGACUUUCACAAAGAAUGCAGUAAGAUGAGAUGGCAUCGCCUCCAGAUUCUCGUUGAUGCCGUUUCUGACAUGCAAGAGGAGUUUGGGUAUUUCAUGGUGAGCUCAGACGGGAAGGUGACGUCCGAGCAGUCUGGAACCUUCCGCAGUAACUGUAUGGACUGUCUGGACCGCACCAACGUCAUUCAGAGCCUGCUGGCCAGACGCUCCCUACAGAGCCAGCUACAGAGGAUGGGGGUCCUCCACGUAGGCCAGAAAAUUGAGGAGCAGGCUGAUUUUGAGAAGAUUUAUAAGAACGCGUGGGCAGACAAUGCCAAUGCUUGUGCUAAACAGUACGCAGGAACCGGAGCAUUGAAAACCGACUUCACCAGAACCGGGAAGAGGACUCACUGGGGCUUGGUAAUGGACGGCUGGAACUCAAUGAUCCGUUACUACAAGAACAAUUUCUCAGACGGGUUUAGACAAGACUCCAUCGAUCUCUUCCUUGGAAACUAUACAGUGGAUGAAACCGAAAGCUUGACACCUCUGCAUGUGCAGAAGGACUACAAGUUCCUCUUGCUUCCUGUUAUUAUGGUGGUGGCCUUCUCCAUGUGCAUCAUCUGUCUCCUAAUGGCAGGGGACACUUGGACCGAGACGCUGGCGUACUUGUUAUUCUGGGGCAUGGCCAGUGCUCUUACGGCCGCUGUCAUCGUGGUCAACGGACGGGAGUUUGUAGACGCACCAAAACUGGUCCAAAAAGAGAAGAUGGACUGAAUAUCGAGACCUCCUUCCUUCAGCUCUCUCGGUUUCCUCUUUAUUUCCCUCCAAUACUCUCCACACUGUCCUUAAACUCCUUCAGCAGAGCAAAUCUCCUGUUUCCUGCUCCUAUAGAUGGAGCCUCUUUGUGUUAUCAUAUAAUUUCACAUCAGUUACUGUCUGCACUACAAAUUACCUUUGAAUCAUGGGACAAACUUCAUGAAAUUUCCUUAACAAUAGUACUUGCAUCAGUUUAGAAUUAUGCAUGGGUUCCACAACAUCUCCAGCUUGUAAGUGCAUGUGGACAUUGCAUCGUACUUCAAAGGUUUCUGUGUUGUUACUGUCCGGCGAUCGAUUUAAAUUGACCCAUUGUGAAAUUGGAGUUAUUGUUGUGUCUCUAGAGCUCCUGCUUUAUGAUAUUGGACACCAGAUGUGUGUCCAUGUCCCGGUCUAUGGGUUGACAGAUCAAUGAAGGUCUAUUGUAUUUAGAUUGUUACACAAGGGAACAUUACAUGAGGCAUUGGUGGCUCAGUCCUGGGUUAUUACCAUAUCUGUCCCAAAAUCAGCCUUACGUUUUAUUUUCAGUUCUUCUUUGCAGUGACAGUUUGGGUUUUAAUAUCUUUUUUUUUUUUUUUUUCUGCCAGUAUAUUUAUGGGUUUGUGUCUCUCAUAAAUGAUAAAACUAGACAGCUGUGGGACGCACUGGGGGAAAAAGAGGUAUUAAGCACUUUCUUUAUGAGUUUACUCAAACAUGUGAACAGCACUUUCCAGUGUAACUUCUGAAUGUCUCUUCGAGGACCAAUGAACACUAACAGAUAUGGCACACAUAAAGUCGCUCUUUGACUUCACUUCUCUUCAGCGUUACCAAUUCAGUGGCAGUUUAUUAGAAGGAAAUAGAUUUCUAUCAGAAUACCGGUUGAAUUUCAUCACACUUUUAAUUGAAUUCACUUAAACUAUACUGACAGUUGAGAAGGCAUGCGCUUUUAACUCAAUUAUUUAGAAAAGUGUCUUUCAUGAACCUCAUAUUGCAGAAAAAAUGUCAGUUUUAUUUAUGUUCACUUGCAUGAUGGUGCAUUUCAAAAUGCCUUACCUUUAACCCAACCAUUUCUUUUCAUUUUGACAAAUUUAGACUCAUUUAGCAAGGUGUUUUUUGGGGGAUUAGGACUGCACACUGAUAAAUGAAUUGCUUACAGGUCACGUCUUCCUUUUGAACUCAAUACAGCCUUUACAAAUGAAUGCUCAUCGGUUUGGUUUAAUGGUGACAAAGAAUGUAGAUUUCGAUACCUUUAUAUGUGUGUUUUGAUGUCAUCUGCAAAUGAUAAUGCAAGCUACAGAGUCAUAUUGGACACGUCUCAACAGGGGAUUGCAAAUGACAGUUUCUUCAUAUUCAUAUGGGUAUCGUAUUUCAGAGAUAUUUUUGUGUGCAAGAGUCAAGAUUAAAAUAGCUGGAUGGAAACACAACAUUGAUAAUUAAAUCCUAUGUGUUUGAUGUUUACCUGUAUAAAUCUGAUGUGUAAACUGUACAUUGGAAAGAAAUUAGAAUAUAUAUACAUAUAUAUGAGUGUGUCUUUGUAAUCAUGUACUGUACUAUACAGUGUAGUUUACAACAACAUAGAUUUAGAGUUAUUGAUCAAUCAAAGUGAUGUUACUGAUCACAUUCUUCCAUCACAUGGCUUGAUGAAUAUGGCUUUCAUUACUAGAUUAUAAACCGUUCGAUCAUUGUAUUUCCAGGGGUUUGUGUUAAAUGACAUGUUAUCAAUAUUAAUUGUGUUUUUGGAAUUGAUCCUGAUCCUGUAUUCAGUAUUUGCCCAUGAUUUCAAGGGAAUGGUUUGUGAGACAUCAGUUGUCUUUAGUAGUCUUAUCAGUCUCAAACAUCUACAGUUCUAAUGAAAACCACACUAGGCUAAUUUAGGUUUUUGAACAUAGAGGUGUCAUCUCAUCCCUUUUAAAAGACUUCUCAACCACUGUAUCUAAUGGUUUCUUGAUGAAAUCGUGUUUAAUAAAUUCUAUCAAUAAAA